AUGGCACAAGUCUAUAAAAGCGAUACGUGUAUUCCUAUAGAUUCUUCUAUUCCCAUACAUUUAGACUCGACAGCACCACCCACUCAUUCUUUGCAGCCUAGAAUUAGGCAUAAUCAUAUACAAAGCCGUGACCUGUACUCCAGCGAGCCUGUAUUACAUCACAGUCGAGCUUCAUCCGUUCGCAAGCCCCAUAGCUCACUUAUACUACGAUUUUUCUUCAAUGCUUGGCAGCAGUUUUUGCUUGCAGUCGUUCGCGUUGCGCGCGUUCCUCCGUCAAGACAUAAAGUGUAUCCCACUCCACUCAAUAAUGAUCUGGAUUUUGAUAAUAACAAAAAGUCGGACGAUUCUGCUAAAAGUAAUUUUUUCAACAAACUAUCCGAUACAAAUUCAGAAUUUUUCUUUGAUAGCCAUCUUUUGGAAAAGGUUUUUGAAAAUGGACGACUUCUUGAAUGGCGUCUUCUCGUUCAUCCAUGGUCCCAUAAAUUCAAGUCUCAAAAAAUGGAAGAUCAUUACAUGGAAUCAAUUCUUUUACGCAAUCGUGUAAUCUAUGCUAGAGUGCUGUCAACCUUUACAGUUUUAAUCGUUAUUGCAGAUUUCACGUUGCUUACAGCACAUAUGGGGCUAGCCGUAACAGUUAUACUGUUAGUAAACAUGCUAUUUUUGGCUGCAUUAAGUUGGAUCAAGGCUGGAAAAGGAUACUUGAUUAUUGCGACAAGAAUUCCUUAUGGAAUAAACAUUUUAAAAUCCGCUGUGGUUAUUGCACUUCUUACUGCAGCAUGUCUUGAUCUAUUCAUUUCUAAAUUGCCAAGCGACAUUAUAGGAAGCACAGCUAUAUGUAGCAUUGUUUACUGUAGUCUUUCAAGUGGCCUUGCUUUGACAUAUCUGGAAUCUAUAAGUCGUAUUUUUUUAAUUCUUGUCGUUGUUCUAAUCAAAGUCGGGUUUAUCUAUAGCCAAUCCGUAGACUGGCUUACUGGAAUAAUUUAUCUUAUUCCAGUUAUCUGUGCCUGCAUCCUUUCAUUUAGUUACGUCAGCUCUGGCGAUCGUAUUCGUCGCUUAAACUAUUUAAAAACCCAGUUUGUAGAUGCGCAACUUCAUCAAACCAGUAUUGAGCGAGCCAAAGCCGAUUACCUUCUCUCAGUCUGUCUUCCCAGAUCCAUCAUUAAAAAAUUAAAAGGCCAGCACAAGUUUGAUCUUAUUGCUCAUCGGCAUGAAAAUGCCACAGUCAUGUUUGGCGAGUUAAAAAAUUUCAAAGAGUUUGUUGCUGGUAAUAUGUCUAUGAAGAAUGCAAUCAUUACUCUGAAUUACCUGUUUGAAUACAUUGAUGAGUCAAUUUGCCAGUUUGAGUCAUUGGAAAAAAUCAAGACCAUUUCCAACAAAUUUUUGAUUGUCGGUGGACUAAGUGAAUCUACUUCUCAUUUGACUCAAAUGAUUGACAUGGCCAUCGCGUUAACUGAAUACUUUAAAACACCAAAGCAAAUUGAGCUCGACAACAAUGUGCUUGAAACGGUUACAUUCAAACUUGGAUUUGGAGUUGAAUCUGGUCCACUUGUGGCGUGUAUUGUUGGCAAAAAAAAGUUUGUUUACGAGAUUUAUGGAGAUGUAGUCAAUGUGUCGAGCCGAUACUUGGGAAUCGCAAAAGUGAACCAGAUUGUUGUAUCUGAAAACCUUUACAAGACUUUGGCCAACAUAUAUAAUGGAGAACCUCUUGGAGCAAAGAUUGUCAAAGGUAAAGGCUUGCUAAGGCUUUGCAACAUCAAAGAGAGACAUAAAGAAAAUUCUGACUUGGAAUCAUCCCAACCAAGAAUAUCUGUCACUAUACGUGAUAAACUCAAUACAUCAACUCGCUUCCGCAGACUCAGUUUAGCCAAUAUCAUACGAAGUAGUGCAUUUUCUGCCGCAGUACCACUAUCUAGUCAUACUUCUAUGAAUAUCUCGUCAAUGAUUUCUUCUUUGCCAGGACAGCACAACAUAUCAACAGGCAAUUUAUCAGGAAAAAAGAGUGACAAAGGAAAACCUGUGCGAUUACAGCAAAAUAAUGCACGAGAGUUGAGCCAAGUCGAAAAGUCGGAAACGUCUGAUUUUCUACAAACUGCUUUAUCAGCUAGCAAUAUACUUUUGGACAAUGGGGCUCAUUCAGUUCAAAUAGAACAGCAACGUGGUGAUUCAGUAGUGCUUGAAAACGCGGUUGAAUGUCAUGACCAUGCAGAAGAUGCUUUACAUCCUCUCAGUAUUUCUCAAGCAGGCAGCACGCAUAGCUAUGAACUAAAUGUAUCUCAUGGAAAAUUGACUCGUAUACAAUCCCAUUCUGAUGUUCAAAAAAAAUAUCAAAGCUCAUGUACAGAUGGAGAUCUUAAACAGUUUUUUAGCAGUAGACGUCCAAGCUAUCAACACACAGAUACAAGACCUCAUAAUGGGCCGAUUGAGCUUAUUGAAAGUGAUUAUGACGGUGCUACAUCAAAUGCAAAUGCUCCUCCAACUUUGCUUGUUUCUGUUCCAAAUGUAUCCGAUAGUCAGACUUUUGAUACAGUUGAAAAGUCCGGUUGGCUGGGUUUGAAUGAAAGCAAUUCUGCAAGAAAAAGCGAUUAUUCUAACAAAGAUGGUCAACACUAUAGCAGUGUCAAACGCAAUAUGAUUAAGGAAGAAGAUGAAUGUAGCAUUCAAUCUAGCAACGAUUUGAAUGAUUUGAAUGAUUUUGUAAACCCCCUGACUCAAAAGUCGAUCAAUCGAGCAAUGUCUGCUGUUGUGCGCAAAACCACACUGUUGCGAUCUUCCGUUACUACAGCUGGGCAAUCGACUUCAGCAUCGGCAUCGGCAUCUAGACGACAACUUACCAUUGAAGACGAGCAUAAACUACAGCAAACAAGCUUGGAGGCACGAGAUGUAAUGGCUGAAGUUAUUCUUCGAAUGUGCGAAAAGGUUGAAAUGAUUAAUGACAAGGAGCACGACAAAGAUUGUGACUCGACUCAUGGAAGCAGAAUUGAUCGAUACAUGAAGGUCAUAUACAAUGAAAUGGAUUUGGAAACUCUGCGAUUUAAACACACCGCGCUCGAAGAACAGUUCCAGAUGGAUUUUGUCACAUCUACGCAUAUUUCUUUUAUUCAUAGCUGGCUAGUUAUUGCUUGUGUUGAAGUCAUGGUUCUUUUUCUUGGUCUGUGUAGCUACACUAAUCUAUUUGGAAGCAUUGCAUUGGUGACUGAGGAUUUGAAUUUGUAUAUUGGCGGAUGGAUUGUAACUAUUUGCUUGUUGGCCAUCAAUCCUAUAUUUUUAUGCUUUUUUCGAGAGUAUACCAGCAGAGGAAGAGAUGUACAAAUACGCAACAUCCAGUUUUUUGUGCUCAUUGCAAGCCUGUUGGUAUCUUUUUGGACAGUCAUGCUUCCGUGGACCGGAUUGUACAGCUACUUUUUCAUGGUGGGCGGUAGCUUGGUACAAAUCUUAGCCUACAGCAUCUAUCAUAUCAACGGAAUAACUUUCAUUUACAAAUCACGUACGACUGCAGCAGUUGUCUUUUUUAGUCUAGUCACUCUUCAUAUUCUUCAAAAAGUCACCUGGUAUACAACUAUAGGAUCUGUAGGCUGUAUUUUUAUGGUAUAUUUGACAAUUAUUCGUGGAAUGCGGUUGCAGCGUGUCGAGUACCUCUUGGAUGUGAUUAUGGACACUCAAGGUGAAUUGGUAUGGGACGAAAUCGAAAAAAGCUCAAGGUUGCUGCAUAUUGUGUUGCCAGAGAUAGUCAUCAGUCAAAUUGUAGCAGAACCAAGCUCGAUUGUGUAUGAAGAGCUGAAAUUUAUUUCAGUGUUAUUUUUGGAUAUUGUCAAUUUUACCGUGAUGUCAGGAAACAAAGAGCCCAUUAUUAUUGUAGAGAUGCUUAAUACUUUGUUUUCUUUUUUCGACUUUAUCACUGACGAAUACAACGUUGAAAAGAUCACGACAAUUGGAGAUGCAUAUUUGGCAUGCUCUGCCAUUAAAAAUGAUGUAGAUCCAAAAGUAGGAGCAUCGGCAGUAUGCAUGGUUGCUUUACAAAUGCAGGCAUAUGUAAAGCAGACAUUAAACAAACUACCAAAUGUGGUCAACAACUUUCCUGGAUUGGUAAAUAUUCGAAUCGGGGUGCAUUCAGGACCUUGCUACGCUGCUAUUAUGGGUGGACCUAAAAAUUUUCGAUACAAUGUACUUGGCGACACUGUUGAUAUUGCAGAAAGGGUCCAAGAGAUUGCACCAGCUGGAGGGGUAUGCAUCACACAGCCCACGCUCGAGCUGAUUCAAGAUAAUUUAGACUUUCGGUGGGAGUUGUAUGAUGUCACGGCUAAAAACCUUGAAUACACUUACAUUUUGAGUUUGAAAGAUGAAGCGACACUUUUCAAUAACCAGGAAGCUACUACACGGAAUACGGCGGAAUUUACUCUUCCUAUCCAACUGGAUCCUGUGCGUAGUACCACUGUAGAAACGUUUUCAGCAGUCCCAUCGUCUUUACCAAGCCUUGCGAUUGGCAACACACUCCCCCCACUCACCUCUCAAUAUUCCGAGAUACAAACUCCAAUUAAUGAUAUAUGCCAAGAGACACAGUUUGAUCAACAUGACCCCAACAGCAAUCUUGACUUUAUAUAUGGCGGCGAACUUCCGAUUCUGCCACGCUUAACAAGCCAAAGAGGACAGCAUUCACCUUUGCCCACUCAUACAUUCAAAAAACCUGUGUUGCCAAAUCUAUCCAAAAACUCGUCACUUUCAUCAUAUGUUGGGAAAGGUGAUUCCAUCACAGUUCAGGAUAGUAAGAGUCAGUCUCCACGUCCAGAAUCGAUAUCACACGGUAUUCCUCGAAUUACGAAAACGCCUAGUUUCGAAACAUCGCAUGUUAGAGUCAAAAGCUUUAAUGGAGGUGUGUUUUCUGGUGGUUCUGGAAGUGAUACUAAUGGUAAUGCCGGUACACUGCUGAUGGUAAACUCGAGUGUAUCUCGCUCCCCUUCCACUUUCCGAAAGCUGACGGGAUCUUCGGACAGUGAUGGCAUUAUUGUUCCCUCUGUUACGAUAAAGAAUCGAACCAACACAGCUGUUAAACGGAAAGAUUUGAUGGACAGUCAAUAA